AUGACUUCCCAACAGGUCUUUCUCACCUCACUUCAGUCCACGACUAGAGCGUUGCCAGAGCUUCCAAACGAGAUCUUCUUGCUCCUCAUCCAGAGAUGUUCUGGUGCCACAUUGAAACAGUUGCGCUUGGUGUCCAAGACUCUCGCCCACUUGACUGAACCUUACUUGUGGCGGGAAGUUGUCCUGGUCCCCAAUGAUCACUCUAUUCUCGGUUUCGCCAAAGCCCUCAAACGUUCCAAGGUCCUCCGACUCGUUACCAAGAUCACAUACGAUGCCCGCUUUGGCGCAUUCUUCACCCGAAUCAAGGACGUCUCUCCGAAUCCCAGCCUGCCAUACACUGCUGCGGAAAGGAGCAAAGAACUUUCCCUUCUUGAUACGACAUUUAUUGGCCACUUUAAGCCCUAUGAGGAUAUGUCGAUUGAGGUAGCGUGUCUCGCCAAAGCCCUGAGAUUGAUGCCCAACCUGAAAGAAGCUUGCAUACGAGAAUAUGAGGAUGAAUCCAGCAAUGGCGCCGUGGCGUACCUCACCACUAGUGAAAACGAAGUCCCGUCCUUCUACCUUAGGCUUUGCAAAAGAUUGAGAGUCGACCCAGAAAAGGUGAGCUGGAGUACCUUGGCUGGCGCUUCGGGCAGAUCAUAUGCAAAGGGGUUCAUCACCGCCGCUUUCUCUGCCGAUUGUCGUCUUCAAGAGCUUAAGGCGAAGGGGAUCGACGGCCGUGCGAUGUUCGGGCUAGUGCCGAUGAAAUCGUCUGCUGUGUUCCAGCAAGUGAGCAUCUUCAAGAAUGCCACAGACAGUCUACGAUACCUUGAAUUCUCUUUCCGCAACGACACCUUGAUCAGCACCGCCGACCACAUUGACGCCAUCCGAGAGAUGCUCAGAUCAGCCAAGAGACUCCGGACGUUAAGGUUGAAGUUGACAGAUUGCAGCACUAGCCACCACCACUACUCCGAUGAGGACUUGAUGUCGGACUUUUGUGGGCUGGUGGAGAGCUCGACCGGUGUCUGGCUUUGCAAACCCCUUAUACCAAAGCUGGAAAACCUGAUCAUCGAUGCCUGCAUCUGCCACGACGAGGACCUAAUGCAUUUCCUAAGGAUCCAUUCGGGAACCCUGCGUCGGCUGGAACUCUCGAACAUCACUCUUCUAGGCGGUGAUGAUCGCCGCGAGUGCUGGGUGAGGAUGAUCAAGCAUUUCAAGACGGAACUGAGACUUGCCUCAAUCUCCUUCAGCGGGUGGUUUAGUAACGGUGGACGUCAACAGUGGUCUGUCGCAAGUGACCCUGUCGGUCCCGAGAGGCUGAAGGCUAAGGUUGAGACAUAUGUUGUUGACCGACGUAUCAGAGACUGCCCCUUGGAGCCAGUUGCCAUCAAGGCGAAUGAGGGUGAUGUUGAGAAGCCAGCUAAUGGCGAAGAGUUUGAAGGCGACUUGACCUGGACGAUGGUUUACUCGAAUCGGCACACAGAUCACAUCGAUUGGCAACCAACUGAGCCGUCCUUCGGCAUCAACUCCUCGUCAGCAUCCAGUCAGGCAUCAGAAGUCGGCGAUUCAAUUCCUUUGCCGGGUCACUCGGAAAGUGACUCCUGGGAAGAGCCUGAACCAGAACCUGUCGACACUUGUCCCGGAGGCGUUCAACUGCCUGAUUUUGACACGGUGUUUGAUGUUGGGAGCGGAAUACCGGGCGUUCAGUCUUGGUCAGUCUUUUCGUCAUCGCCGGGGAAGCUCCAACACGCGACACAAGCGGACGUACCCACGGCGUGGUAUUCGGCACCCUUUGCGUCUAUUUCCAUGGCUUAG